AGCUUAUUUAGAAAUUUAAAGCUAAAAGAAAAUCGCGGAAAAUUUUUGAUACCUCACCAUUUUACUGUUAAAUUUGUUUUAUUUAAAAUAUAUCAAAUGGCAAGUCGUACGCUUUUAUUGAUGGGUCAAGUGAUUCCCUGCGUCAAACAAAAUGCAUCAAAAAUACGAGUUCGUCGAAUGGAUCUCGACACAAAUUUGAAUAUGUAUUUCAAAAAGGAUGAAUUCUACUUUGUUCACGAUCCCAAAAAAAUAUGCAAAACCGGGGAUGUUGUGCUCAUUAGAGAACUACCACAGAAACUGACUCGCCUGAUAACACAUUCGAUCCAGGAAAUUGUGUACCCAUUGGGAGACGUUACGGAUCCUAUAACAGGAAAGCAGGUUACGGUUGGUAAAUAUCGAGAGGACAUCGAAGAAACUAACCGGUUGUAUGGAAAAUCAAGCGAGGCAUUCAAUUACGACAAGGCUCCACCACGUGGUCGAUUGGAAGGAACGCAGGAUUUCACGCAUGGUGAAACGUACAUUAAAUAUCACGAGGACGGCAAAGAUCAACCGUUUGCUGUGUAGAUUGAAUAAGGCGGUCAUCUGCAGUUAUGAGUUAGAUCGAGCAAGUUUCAGUAAAUAUUAUACAAUUCAAAUACUAUAAAUUAAAUAUCCGACCUUAACACUACA